AUGCUUGAGACCAUUAAGAGGCAAGCAAUGGUUCGAAAUGAAAAGAAACAGAAGAAGGCUGAAAGAUGGGAUGGUAGGUGUACAAAGUAUGUCAAAUUGGUACUCGCUGAGCUGAAGGAACACGCUGACAAAUGUAUGGUUAGUCAUGGGAGUCAUGGGAACUACGAGGUGGAGCUUUAUGAUGAUAAAUUCCAUGUAGACACGAGAAAGAAGACAUGCUCGUGUUUUAAAUGGAAAAUCUCAGGCAUCCCAUGUGAGCAUGCAUAUGGAGUGAUGUUAGAUGCUGGUUUAGCCAGUGAUGAUCAUGUCAACGAGUGCUUCUCAACAACUAAACAGCGAGACUGUUACAUUGAUAAUGUCAAGCCAAUGAGAGGACCAGGUUUCUGGAUGGCUGAUAUACCUCUAAUUUACCCACUUUUUAUACUGUUUUAG